UGGCCGCCACGCAGAUCAGUUGCAGUUGUGUUCGUUUUGUGUGGCUGAGCCUGAGCCCGGUGCGUUCCAUUUGUCCUCCGGUGUGACGUCGUUCCCAGAACGCCCCGCGGGUGGGCGGGGCCGCUACAGGGCUGCUGGAGUCACAUGAGCAGAGCCAGGCUGACCAAUUCCAAUAUGGUGGCCAGCUUGGCAGGUCUACGGUUCCUGUUGAUGAUAUUGUUGUUCUGCGGGAUCAGGUACGGCGCCUGCAGCCAGGAAGCUCCGCUCGUUCUGGGGCUGCGACUGGAAGACCCGACGGGUCUGGUGUGUAUGAAGGAUCGCAUCAUCUCGGCGCCAGAAGGAGCCACGUUCAAGCUCCGUCUUUUCGGCACUGAGCUGGAUGGAAACUGGACGUGGGUGGCGUUCGCAGGGGCAGCUGGCGGAGCCGCGGGGUCGGUCGGGGAUACGCCUGACCCGUGCGAGCUGGAGUCAAACCGCCAGGAGUCCCCUUUCCAGGUGACGGGUCAAAUCACCCAGGACGAGGAAAACAGCCGGCUGGUAGAUGUCGAGGUCCGGCAGAGGAGCAUCUCUGGCGGCGAGCACACCUACUACCAGCUGUGCGUGCUGAGCGGAGACAAAUGGGCUUCUGUAGGCUCGGAAAGACUGCAGGUCAGCGGUCCGCCCGCAGACUACAUCCCGCCGUGGGGUCUGGCCGUGCUGGUCGUGCUGCUGCUUGUGGUCUGCGGGACGCUGAGGAUAGUGAACCUGAGCCUGCUGUGGCUGGACCCCGUGGAGCUGUACGUCCUCCAUAGCUGCGGAUCCGAGGAGGAGAAGCGGGCCGCCAAGCGCCUGGAGCCGAUCAGGCGCAGGGGGAACUUCUUGACGUGUUCUCUGCUGUUCCUGUGCGCUGUGGGACACUCGGUCCUCGGCGUGCUGCUGUACCGUGCGCUGGGCUCCAUCGCUGCGGCCGUGUUCACCAGCGGCCUCCUCAUCUUCUUCUUGGCCGAGCUGGGUCCCCACAUGCUGUGCUCCGGUUACGGGUUCCAGCUGGCGCCGGCUCUGACCUGGCUGGCCCAGGUUUGCUUGGUGCUCACCUGCCCCCUGUCCUGCCCUCUGGGGCUGAUCCUGGACCUGGGCCUGAGGCGGGACAUCAGCACCUGUGGGAUCAGGGAGAGGACCAUGGAGAUGAUCCGCACAAGCGUCAACGACCCUUACAGCGAGUUUGUGAAGGAGGAGUUCAGCCGCGGGAUGCUGCGCACUAAGACGGUGGAGGACAUCCUGACGCCCCUGAAGGACUGCUUCAUGCUGCCCAGCUCGGUCGUCCUGGACUUCUCCACCAUGUCUGACAUCAUGCAGUGCGGCUACACCCGGGUUCCCAUCUACGAGGAGGAGAGGUCCAACAUUGUGGAAAUCCUCUACGUGAAGGACUUGGCGCUGGUGGACCCGGACGACUGCACCCCCAUGACGACCAUCACCAAGUUCUACAACCACCCGCUGCACUACGUCUUCAACGACACCAAGCUGGACGCCAUGCUGGAGGAGUUCAAGAAAGGCAACUCUCACAUGGCGAUCGUGCAGAAGGUGAACAACGAGGGGGAAGGCGACCCUUUCUACGAGGUGCUGGGAUUGGUCACGCUGGAGGAUGUCAUCGAGGAGAUCAUCAAGUCCGAGAUCCUGGACGAGUCCGACGGAUACCUAGACAGGAAGGUGAAGCGUCCUCUCGCUCCGCUGGAGAUCCCUCUGGAGCCGCGCAGCGUCACCGACGAGUUCUCGCUCUUCAAGCCUCCCGAAGGAGACGCCAAGAUCAGGACCUCGCCACAGCUGCUGCUGGCCACGCACCGCUUCCUGUCCAGAGAGGUGUCCCACUUCAGCCCCGGCCGCGUGUCGGAGAAGGUCCUGUUCCACCUGCUCCGUCACCCCAGCGUCAACCAGGAAGUGCACUUUGAUCCAAACAACCGGCUGAGCCCGGGUCACUAUCUCUACACUCGCAACCACCCGGUCGACUAUUUCAUCCUGCUGCUGCAGGGUCGUGUGGAGGUGGAGAUCGGUAAAGAGGGGCUGAAGUUUGAGAACGGAGCGUUCACUUACUACGGCAUGUCUGCGCUCACGCUGCCAUCUUCAGUGCACCAGUCUCCCGUGUCGACGCAGCGGCACUCUCCCAGCGUCCCCUUUGAGUCAGCUGACGCUACGAGCCCGUCCAACUACUGUCCCGACUACACCGUCCGAGCUCUCACCGACCUGCAGCUCAUACGGGUGACACGUCUCCAGUAUCUGAACGCUCUCAUGGCGUCGCGGAUCGGUCCGAGUCCAGAUCCUCCCGAGAUUAAGAUCCUGCCCAACAGUCAGACCAAGCUGCUCAACGAGAGAAACGCCACACAACAAGGUGCCAGUAGCGCCCAGGAGAGGUUCACAGAAGAAGAGGCUCAUGGGUAGUGCGGUUCUGACCUGCUUCGACCAAGUAGAGCUUUUUUUUUUUUUUAGUUAGUUUUUAUUGCUGAAUCAUCUAUGGCUGGAACGUAGUUAUUGGACAAGACUGGAGCGAGAGUGAUUUCCUUUAUCUGCUGCUCACACAUCUCAUCUCCAUCCCCAUUCCUUUGUGUCAUUUCCAUUGCAAUUAUUAUUUUAUGCGUUUUUUAUACACUUUGGACUCUGUGUGU